UGAAAUUUAUUAUAUACCUCCUGGAUAUCAACCAGUUGUUAUUGUUAAUACUCCUCCGCCUCCACCAUCAACACCAAAUCCUCCUGAUCAAAAUUCUGAUAAGAAAAAUAAUGAACAAGAUGAUAAAAAACCUGAAGAAAAGAAACCAGAUGAUCAAAAUUCUAAUAAACAAAAUGAACAACAGCCAAAUGCAAAUAAUACUGACUCACCAAUCAUUAUUAUACCACCUACUCAAUAUUAUUAUUUCAUACCAACUAAGUAA